CACUGAGGUAAUAUAAUUAUGACGCCCAAGUAAUAUUACCUGGGGCAGCACUGCGCUACAAAACGAACGCGCCUGAAACUCUUUGUCACGUUCAAGUUCAUUUCAGGCUUCUGCCAUAAUCAUCAUCAUCAUCAUCUUUGCCUCUCUGGCUAUUUCUUCAAACUUCAAGCGAAUUGAUAAUUCCUAUCUAUUUUUUUUUUCAGCGGGGAUCCCGACGCCCGUUAGUUGUUGCCGGCCCCAUUUUCUCCCCAACCCGCCCCAAGGGGACUUCCAGUACCCCCCAACCGAUUGUCACUAGGGCCCCCUCGCUUCCCCUGGGCCAUCUGAUAGGCGCCUGUCGAACCAUCUUUCUGCUCACUACAUCCUCCUCCUCUGCCAACGUCGGCGCCGACGACGAAAAAAGGAAAAAGAACAAAGAGGAAGCGAAAGACGAUAGACGAUAGACGAAGGGCAUAGAGAUUUGCGAGUAUACACACAAUAGAGAACGAACACCCGAUACAGUAACCCAACUAAAACAACGCGCGAACGCCUCUCUCACCACCAUUCCUGUACCACCGCCCGCCAUGCCGUCAGUCAACACCGCACUCACGGCCGCCGCCUGCAGCAGGCCGGGCAAGAAGAAGGCGGCCGACGAUGCUGCUGUUGCUACUACAUCCUCGACCGACGCCCGCAGCGAGGCCCCGAUCCCUACUCGCCGCCGUCACUCGUUCUUUGUGCCGCGGCGCUUGUCGAUUGUCGAACACUUUAUUGAUGAGGAGAGCCUGCUCCUCAAGGUCGACCACUUCCUGUCCGAGAUGGAGCGCCGCCUAGAGUUUAUCGAAAGCUACGGCGAUAUGAGCGAGUACAGCUUCUCUCGCGCCUUUGGCACAUUACAAACCGUCCGCUCUCGCUGUGCCCAAGCCUCGGAGGACGUCCUGGACGCUGGUCGACGCAGGCUGCACGUCAUGGUUGAGACCAUCGAGGCAAGAUAUCAGGAAACCCUGGAGGCUGCUGAGUCGCUUCAGGACAAGGCCAGCGUUGCUCUGGAACUGAUGGAGAGCAUGUUGACCGAGUUUGAGGCCAACGCAUACAAGUUGCGCGACCAGAGCCUUGCCAAUGCCACCACCGCCGCCGAGGCUCUGCUCGACGAGGGUCGCCGUGUUGCCAACGAGGGUAUUGAGAGAGCCAAGGGCGUUGUUGACGAAGGUAUCGAGCGAGCCAAGCGUGCUGCUUACUCGCUCGAGGAGCACAUCCAGCAGGCUGUCGAGACGGCUCGCACCACUCGCCGCCAUCUUCAUUACCACGAGCUGCCUAUGCCCUGGCGUAACAACCCACACAUUCUUAAGGGCUACCGUUUUGUUGAGACCAAGAUUGAGUGUGUCACGUCGGCAUUUGGCAUGUCCAAUGAGUUUAUUAACAUUUGGUCGCACGCCAUCGGACUGGUUCUCGUGCUAGCCGUCGCCCUCUACUUCUACCCUAGCAGCAUCAACUUUUCGCAGAGCACCAAGACGGACGUCUUUGUAGCCUGCGUCUUCUUCGUCAUGGCGUGUCUCACACUGGUCUGCUCGACCAUUUGGCACACAAUGAACGCCGUGGCCGACCUGGAUGCCAUUUCCAUCUUUGCAUGUGUCGACUACACUGGCAUUUCGCUUCUCAUCGCCGCAUCCAUUAUGACCACCGAAUACACUGCCUUCUACUGCGACCCCAUCAGCCGCUGGAGCUACAUGAGCGUCACAGCCUUUUUGGGCAUUGGCGGCGUUGUCCUGCCGUGGCACCCUCGCUUUAACGGAGCAGACAUGGCCUGGGCCCGCGUUGCCUUUUUCGUUGGCCUCGCCCUCACCGGCUUCAUGCCCAUCAUCCAGCUCUCCUUCUCCCACGGCCUGGAGUUUGUUGCCGACUUUUACUCGCCUAUCCUCAAGUCAGUCCUCGUCUACUUUGGCGGAGCCAUUGUCUACGCCAGCAAGAUCCCCGAGUGCUGGUGGCCUGGCAUGUUUGACUAUGUUGGCGGUAGCCACAACCUUUGGCACGGUGCUGUUCUGGGAGGCAUUCUCUUCCACUACACCGCCAUGCAGUCCUUCUUCUCUAACGCUUUCCUGCGUGCACAAGAAGGCUGCCCUGCAUACUAGGCACUAUGGACUUGCCAAACUAAUGGUUAUAUGAGGGAGACGUGACUAGGGGCUCGGUUGGCAUGGUCUAGGCUUGCAUUUUCCAUACAUUGGUCCUUGCAUUGCAUAUACAUGUUUCCUUUCUGCAUUGUUAUACUGGCGUUUUGUGUUUUUUCUUCAUUUCUUCAUACAUUUUACAUGUUUCCUCAUGCGUCUCAGUACCAUGCGGAAUAUUCUUUCAAGUUUCAUAUUUUACUUUAGACGAGGCUACCGCAGCCGUUCCGGCCAUGGGUUUGCUUCGCGCGUUCAUAGCAUAAUAGACCACUGGCAUGGCCAGCGUCUCAUUCACUUCUUUCGGAC